UAUUGAGCUGUGUCAUCAGUUCCCCCAUGGUAUCACAGACCAGGUGAUUCAGAAUGAUAUGCCUCACAUGGAAGCCCAGCAGCGAGCCAUGGCGAUCAACAGGCUGCUCUCGAUGGGGCAGCUGGACCUUCUCAGGAGCAAUGCAGGUCUCCUAUAUAGAAUCAAAGAGUCUCAGAAUGCAAGUAAAAUGAAAGGCUCUGACAAUCAAGAGAAGCUGGUUUACCAAAUUAUAGAAGAUGCAGGAAACAAAGGUAUUUGGAGCAGGGACAUUAGAUACAAAAGUAAUUUGCCUUUAACAGAGAUCAACAAGAUACUGAAAAACUUGGAAAGCAAGAAACUAAUUAAAGCAGUUAAAUCUGUGGCAGCAUCCAAGAAGAAGGUAUAUAUGCUAUAUAACCUGCAGCCUGACCGGUCAGUGACUGGAGGGGCCUGGUACAGUGACCAAGACUUUGAGUCUGAAUUUGUGGAGGUGUUGAAUCAACAGUGUUUUAAAUUUCUACAGAGUAAGGCAGAAGCAGCUCGAGAGAGCAAACAGAACCCCAUGAUACAGAGGAACAGCUCAUUUGCCUCAUCCCAUGAGGUGUGGAAAUACAUCUGUGAACUGGGUAUCAGUAAGGUAGAGUUGUCAAUGGAAGACAUUGAAACCAUUUUAAAUACGCUAAUAUAUGAUGGAAAAGUGGAGAUGACUAUUAUUGCUGCAAAGGAAGGGACGGUAGGCAGUGUGGAUGGACAGAUGAAGUUGUACAGAGCUGUUAGUCCUCUCAUACAACCCACUGGAUUAGUCAGGACACCCUGUGGACUCUGCCCUGUUUUUGAUGAUUGCCAUGAAGGUGGUGAGAUUUCUCCAUCAAACUGUGUUUAUAUGACAGAGUGGCUGGAGUUCUAAAGUGAAAGAAAACUGUAAACUGGAUUUGUGCAUCACAGCCUAAGUGACAAAGCAGCUUGCUUUUUUUUAAAAGUGGAUUUUUAAAUUUGUGAGCAACUUCAGGACAUGGAGUCACUUUGUUUUUAAUGAAACUUAAAGCAUCAAUGUGUCAGAUGCGUGAGCAGUCCUGUGAGUGGACUGGAAAUCAAGUCAGCACUGAAGAUGAAGGCUGAAGUGGAAAUGUAGAUCCAUUCUUGUACCAAA